AUGGCUACGAAAGGAGGUGAUACCGCCAUCACUGCGUCUAACGAACCCCUUGCCCAACUCAAGUCCGCGACAGUACCGCCGAGCCCUAAUUCCCAAUCACUCGUCGACCAAGUCAGCCUCUUCGUUGCACAUGCAGAUAGGACAACCUUGAUUUCAAUCUCAGCCGGAGUUGUUGCCGUGUCUUAUGUGCUGUUCGGCAGACUUGCCCUUCUUCUUGUUGGUGCUAUUGGAGGGGUCAUCCUGCACAUAUGGUGGGAAGGACAGGACAAUGGGACAAACGGAGAUAACGAAGGGGCGGCAAAGCGCAAACGACAUGAACUUAGCUUGGAGGUAGCCAACAGAUUGACGGCGCUGUACGCUGACAAUGGCUCAAAGCAGGAUGAUGAUGAAGACACUCUUAAUAGAUCAGGGGAGUCGUCCCUGGAUUACUCAAGGAUGGGACCAGCAACAGAAGCCGCAUUGACUGCUUUAACCGAUUCGGUAAUUGCAGACUAUGUAAGCUGGUGGUAUAAGCCCAUUUUACCUUCUGAAGAUGAGUUCCCUGAAGCAUGCCGCAAUACGCUCGUGAGCAUGAUCCUGGCUGUAUCAUCUCGUAUUUCUCGCAAACGGCCUGCCGACAUGUUUCUGCAGUUUGCAACCAAUUCAACAUCCUUCAUGAUUGUAUUUUUCAGUGAACUAUCUGCUGCUGUCGGUACAGCCACAACGGGCUCUAGGCCCGUUGCCGACUCUAUAGACGAAUACCUGGACAGAAACCCAGAAAGUAGUCUAGCCAAUGUGUUGUCGUCCACCCAACAAGAGAAAAAGCUUGGUCUCGUUGGAACAGAUAUACUUAAAACGUUCCUUGAACCAUCAGUUUAUAACUGUGGUCCUCUUCGCAUUUUUCUGCGUGAAGUCCUGUCUCGGUUGAUACUACAGCCCACAAUAGACAUGUGCUCUGAUGCAGAGUAUAUCAAUACGUGGAUUGUGUAUCUACUCGAGGAAGGGGAACCGCAGCUUUUGAACGCUAUUGACGCAGGGCUUGAACAAGCGGACAAUGUCAAGCAGAAAAACCCGACCAGUACCGGUACCCCAACGUCCAACGUACUGGAAGGGAAGGUCUCCAAUAUUGUUACUAAUCUUGGGGACCAAAAGCUGGCCGAACAAGUGCAACCUAUGAGGCAGCCUUUUGAUGCCGAUUUUGCACAGCAUGAGGACAUCAGCGCAGUAGCAAUGCCAAAAGAAAUACCUAGAGCAGCAGACUCUGAGGAGACCAGCGGGAAUUCUGCCGUAUAUACACAUUUACCCACUGACUCCUCCUCAUCUAAUACUACUGACCACCAACCUACUCCUGGCUCAAGCACCAGUCUCAACGAAGAUUCACUCGAUAAUCCUCCCCUUGCCAGCCAAACAACGCCAAUCUUGAAUACUUCUGCCACCUCUCUAAUUACAAUGCAAACUUCACAGUUUCGUGGCUCUUCGGUUGCCAUUAUCGAAGAUUUUAACGAAGAUGAUAAAAGCAAUAUUCGCUCAAAACCAACGAGCGAGUAUUUGAUCCAGAUUGAACCCAGCAACCCUAAGCUCACUGGCUGGAUGAUUGCCAGGAAAUAUAGCGACUUUGAAAUACUGCAUGAGACUCUACGACGAAUUUCUGUUGUAUCUGGAAUUUCUGAUUUCUCGCUACACCAUAAUGAAUUACCCGGGUGGAAAGGCAGAAACAGGAAUGGCUUACGAAUUUCUCUUGAGAAAUACCUCCAGACAGCUUUGCAAUAUGAGCAGCUAGCAGAGUGUGAGGGGAUGAAGAAGUUUUUGGAAAAAGGACGACAAUCCGGUCUUGAGCCAGAGUCCGCUUCGUCAAAGUCUGGGUUUCCAUUCGCAGCACCUGUGGCUGUUUUUGAGAACGUUGGCAAAGGAGUAAUGGGCGUCCUGGGGACUGCGCCAAAGGGUGUUGCAAACAGUAAGAAGGCCAUCGUCGGUGGAGUCUCGGGAAUAUUCGGGGCAUCGGGGAAUGAUAACAGGAAGCGAGCCAGCAGUAAUGCAGCAAGCAGACCUACGGCUGUACGGGGUACCUCAAUGGAUAUCCUGCCAUCACCCGUGACCAACGUCACAGCCCACUCUAAGAACCUAUCAAUGAGCAACUUGCAAGAUCGACCUAGAGCGACUUUCCAGCGACAGCCAACUCAUCUAGAAAAUGAAUCAGGAGAUAUAGGCUCUGGAUUGCCUACUUCUAUCACUCAUGCUGAUAGUUCGCUGGCGAGCUCGUGUGAGAAUUUAGCUGACGAAGGAAAUGUUACACCACUGUCGUCAUCAGAUACCCCAGAUACAGUGCAUGGAGCCCUUUCUUCAGAGGCCAAUGUUGAGUCCAACAAAGAGCCGGCCACUAGGGAUAAACCUGGAUCUUCUAGCUCGGGUGAUGUGGAACCACCCCCAAAGAAAAGCUCAGAAGGUCGUAGUUACGCCCCGGUUUCCGAGGAAGAAGCAGUAGUCGUGGUUGAGCUUCUUUUUGCUGUGAUAAACGAAGUGUACAGUCUGUCAUCAGCAUGGAAUAUUCGGAAGAGACUGCUCAACGCCUCAAAGUCUUUCCUCCUCCGCCCUGGCAACCCUAGUUUGGAAGCUAUUCGGACUCUUCUCCAAGAUUCAAUAAUUGAUAGUAAUACGUCUGAUGAGGCUCUCGCUGGGUAUAUAACCAAGCUACACAAAAGUAGCUUGCCAACAGAAGAGGAUAUGAAGGCGUAUCCCCCUCCACUCUCGCCGGAACAGAAAGAACUGCUUAGAAUUAAGGCACGGACGCUACUGAUAAGCCGAGGUAUGCCACCGGCUCUGAUGGGUAUAAUGGGCGCAAAUGCAACAGGAGAGGCGCUAGGGAAAAUAUUUGAUUGUUUACAGAUACCAUCCGUUGGCAGGGCAUUCGUCUUUGCCAUCCUUUUGCAGGCAAUCAGGGUGAUGACACAAUGA